AUGUCGGCGAUGCUUCGGAGAAUGGCUCCUGCUUCUACUUCAGCUUUUGUUCACUCUCAUCUCUCCUCUUGUCUCUCUCUUCGUCUUAGGUUCAGCAGUUCUGUCUCUUAUAGGGAGAGAUUGAGGUCUGGAUUUGGUAAUAGUAAUGUGAAAGAUGCUGUUGAUGUAUUCGACCAGAUGGUUCGAUCUCGUCCCCUCCCUUCCAUCGUUGAUUUCAGUAAAUUACUAAGUGCAAUUGCCAAGAUGAAACGGUAUGGUAUCGUGAUUUCUCUUUGCAAGAAGAUGGAAUUGCACGGGAUUUCACAUAGCAACUACAGUCUGAGUAUUCUUAUCAACUGUUUCUGCCGCUCACGUCAAGUGGGUUUGGGAUUUUCUGUUUUGGGUAAGAUCAUGAAAUUGGGUUACGAGCCAGAUGUAAUCACAUUUAACACUCUCAUCAAUGGAUUAUGUAUAGAGGGUAAGCUUUCCGCGGCAUUAAGCUUGGUCGAACGAAUGGUAAAGGAUGGAUACACUCCUGAUGUCGUGACAUGUACUACCGUUGUCAACGGACUUUGUCUCCAAGGUAGAAUCCACGAGGCCGUCACUUUAGUUGAUCAGAUGCCAAAGAAAGGCCAUAUACCCAAUGUAAUCACUUAUGGUGCUAUUGUGAAUGGCAUUUGCAAGUCUGGAGAUUCCGCUCUAGCUUUAAAUUUGCUCAUCAAGAUGGAGGAAAGGCGUGUUGAGGUCAACGUCGUAGUUUAUAAUACGAUUAUAGAUUGUCUUUGCAAAGAUGGGCGUGUAGAUGAUGCGCUUAACCUUUUCAAAAAGAUGGAUGAUCGAGGAGUGGCGCCAGAUACCAAGAGCUCUUCGGAUAUUGGAAAAAAGGAAACCUAUGGCCAUGCAGAAUCAUUUUCCAAAAGCAACGAUAAUAAUAAUAAUGUAUCAAAAGUGUCGGAUUCGACGACUAAAGAAACGAAUCCGAGCUUAGAGGCAAAACCCAUAUCCAAGAACAUCUCCAUGAGAGACCUCAUCGUGAAGGCAAAACAAGAAUUGAAGAAAUGUUAUUCAGAUGCAAGUCGUUGGUAUCUGGCCGCGUAUUCUGAAACACUUCAAACUCUCGUCCUCGUUUAUUGUUUAGGUUGUUCUGUCUACAUCAUCUCGUCGGUUAAUCUGGAUCAUUUCAAGAUACUCUCGUUGUCGUGA